AUGCCCCCGCCCGAUCCGGCCCUGUUGACGCCGGCCAUGGCGUCACCGACCGGCUUCACAACAUCGCUUCUUAGGCUCACUCAGACCGAUAUCAACAUGAAAAUAGCCCAAUUCACGCAGCAAGCAACGUCGACUGGCCCAUCGUCGAACUCAGAUGUCAUGGCCGAAGUCGCCGCCUUCUCGGGGUCGACCGGGAGAGGCAUCCUGAUAGGCAUCCUUUCGGCUUUGGGCUCUGCCGGAGUCGCAAUCGUUGUGCUUACGAUCAUUGUGUUUUUUAAAUAUACUCGACGCGGACGAAUCCUGCUUGAUCGUAUAGGAAGACCGGGCGAGUUUGAUGAUGAAGAGGCAUUUGCUCGCGAGGAGGCCGAAGCCUUGGAGACGAUGGACGAUCUUCCUCGGGCGGAAUACCUUCGAGCCAAGGCUUUCAUCCAGGCAAACCCGCCAGAAACUAUGCAGACCGAUAUAUCGUUGUCGCAAUUCCUCGCAAUACAAGAGAAAGGAGUAUCGGCUUGGGAAUUUGAGCCAGAGUUGGAAAUCGCCAACUGCUUCGUCGAGGGGCGAACGGAGAUUGAGUUUUUCGAUUCGGAAUGCAGCGUUCAGACCAACCUACCAGUGCCUAAGCAGAACGAAGUUUAUUACUGGGAAGCGAAGAUAUAUGACAAACCGGAGUCGACCUUGAUCAGCAUCGGAAUGACUACGAAACCAUAUCCAUUGUUCAGGCUACCAGGAUAUCACAAAGCUUCAAUCGCAUAUUUAUCAACCGGACAUCGGAGGUAUAAUCAGCCAUUCAAAGCUCCAAAUUACGGCCCAGAAUAUACUCAGGGCGAUGUCAUCGGGGUCGGAUAUCGCCCGCGAUCGGGGACACUAUUUUUCACUCGCAAUGGCAAGAAAUUGGAAGAUGUUGUACAUGGUCUCAAAUCGCCCAAUUUCUUCCCAACAGUCGGCGCAAACGGACCAUGCACAGUCCAUGUGAAUUUUGGACAGAUGGGAUUUGUGUUCAUCGAGGCUAACGUCAAGAAAUGGGGCUUGGCUCCCAUGACCGGCAGCCUUGCGCCUCCGCCUCCCUAUGGCAGCGAGCAAGGAAGCAUCCUUCUUGAGUCCGGUCGUGAAACCACUGCCCCUGUCCGCGGCUAUCUUGAUGCUGGAUUCCGAGGAUCGCGGCUACCUGCACCGACUAGCCCCGGUCCUAUCCGGUCCCCAACCGACAUCUCUCUUGCCCAACUAGCACAUAUACCGUCGCACGAGGACUUUGGAGAGGGUUCCAGCCGUGUCAACGUGGGCGGCGCAGAGGACGGCUUGUACAUUACUGCGGCAAGUCCGCCUCCGGAUUAUUCAAGUCCAGCGUCCAGCCGAAAUAGCUUCAGCUCGGAUCACGAGGCCGAAGAUGGUGGUCAUCCGCCCGGAUAUACCGCCGUGGCGGCCGACGAAGAGACCCCGGAAUAUCACAGCCGUCAGGACGAACGAUGA